CUCCGCGCCCGCCCUCAUAAACCCUAACUCCCAGGUGCAAAACCACCCGCUUCGCCCUCUCACGCCGCCGGCGCCGCCCGGCCGCCAUGGUGAAGGCCUACCUCCGCUACGAGCCGGCCAUAUCCUUCGGCGUGGUCGCCUCCCCGGAGUCCAACGUCGUCUACGACCCCUCCGGCCGCCGCCUCCUCGCCGCCGCCCUCGAUCGCUUCGCCGCCUGGGACCCCAAGCGCGGCCUCCCUUCCUCCAUCUUCACCCCUGCUUCCUCCUCCCCCUCACUCGCCGUCUCCUGCAUCGCGUCCUCCCCCUCCGCCGCCUCCGCCUCCGCUUCCUCGAUUGCGAGUGGCCAUGCGGAUGGGAGCAUCAGGCUGUGGGACGCGGAGACUGGGGCCUGCGAGGCGACGCUCCAUGGCCACCGCUCUGCUGCUUCCGCCCUCCGCUUCAGUCCCUCGGGUGCCGUGCUUGCCUCCGGUAGCAAAGACUGUGAUGUCAUCCUCUGGGACGUCGUUGCACAGGCCGGCCUCUUCAGACUCCGUGGCCACCGUGAUCAGGUAACGGAUUUGUUGUUCCUGGAUUCGGGCAAGAAGCUAGCGACCUGCUCCAAGGACAAGUUCAUCCGGGUCUGGGACCUCGACACGCAGCACUGCCUUCAGAUUGUAGGUGGCCACCACAGUGAGGUAUGGUCGAUGGAUGUUGAUCCCAGCGAGAAGUUUUUGGUGUCUGGGUCGGCUGAUCCAGAGCUACGGGUGUUUAGAGUCAGGCAAUCAGCUGAAGACGGUGAAGAUUGGAACAAGUGGGAUGUGCUGAAGCUAUUUGGCGAGAUUCCGAGGCAGACCAAAGAAAGGGUUCAGACCAUUAGGUUUAAUAAGGACGGCAGCCUUGUAGCGUGCCAGGUGGCAGGGAAAACUGCAGAUAUUUAUCGGAUUCUUGAUGAAACAGAGGCGAUACGAAAGGCCAAGAGGCGGAUGCACAGGAAGAAGGAGAAGGCUUUGGCAAAAGCUGUGACUGCAGAAGGGAAUGGUACUGUUAUAGAUCCUUUGCCAGCUCAAGAUUCGCAGAAUCCCACUGUUGUCGUCACUGAUGUAUUUAAGCUUCUCCAAGUUUUGCGUGCGAGCAAGAAAAUUUGCUCUGUUGCAUUUUCUCCAAGCAACCCACCAAAAGGCUGCCUUGCGUCUUUGUCUUUAUCUCUGAACAAUAAUGUGCUCGAGACAUACUCAGUGGAUAACGAGAAGGUCUCUAAGACGCACUCAAUUGAGAUACACGGGCAUCGUUCUGACAUUAGGAGUCUCGCGCUUAACUCAGAGGACAACCUCUUGAUGUCAACAAGUCACAAUGCUGUGAAAAUUUGGAAUCCUAGUACCGGGGACUGUCUUCGAACCAUUGACUCUGAUUAUGGGUUGUGCAGUGCAUUUGUUCCCGGGAAUCGGUACGGCCUUAUUGGUACAAAGAGUGGUACUCUGGAGAUUAUUGAUAUCAACAGUGGUAACUCAAUUGAUGUAAUAGAAGCUCAUGCUGGUUCCAUACGGUCGAUUGUACUCAUCCCAGAUGAGGAUGGAACUGUUAGUGCACGGGGUUUCGUCACUGGGAGUGCUGAUCAUGAUGUGAAGUUCUGGGAAUACCAAUUGGUGCAGAAAUCUGAUACGGACUCUAAGCACCUGAGUGUAACAAAUGUGAGAACCUUGAAAAUGAACGAUGAUGUCCUUGCAGUGUCCAUUGGUCCAACUGGAAAGCAUAUUGCCGUUGCUCUUUUGGAUUGCACAGUGAAGGUCUUCUUUGUGGACACACUAAAGUUUUGUCUUUCCCUUUAUGGCCACAAGCUUCCAGUUCUCUGCAUGGACAUAUCGUCUGAUGGAGCUCUAAUAGUUACUGGUUCAGCAGACAAAAAUCUGAAGAUUUGGGGCAUGGAUUUCGGUGACUGCCAUAAAUCUAUCUUUGCUCAUACAGAUAGCGUGAUGGAUGUUAAGUUUGUUUAUAGAACUCAUUAUAUGUUCAGUGUGGGGAAAGACCGCACUGUCAAGUACUGGGAUGCUGAUAAAUUCGAGUUGUUGUUAACACUUGAGGGGCACCAUGCUGAAGUUUGGUGCCUUGCGAUUAGCAGUCGUGGUGAUUUUAUUGUAACUGGCUCACAUGAUCGUUCUAUUCGGCGUUGGGAUCGUACUGAAGAACAACUUUUCAUUGAGGAAGAGAGGGAGAAAAGAUUAGAGGAAACUUUUGAGGCCGAUCUAGACAAUGCAAUCGAACAUAGGCAUGGGCAGAAAGAUGAUGCUCCCGAUGAGGGUUCUGUGGGUGUUCCUGGUAGGAAAACAAAAGAGACAAUAACUGCUGCUGAUGCAAUUAUUGACGCUCUUGACACUGCUGAGGAAGAAGAAAAGCGCCUAAAUGAGCUCAAGGAAGAGCAAAGCAACGCUGAGCGAGCUAAAUCGCAACCUAAUGUUAUAAUGCAAGGGCAGUCACCAUCCGAUUAUGUUCUGAAUGCAGUUUCAAAUGUCCGCCCAAAUGACUUGGAACAAGCCCUCCUCUCAUUGCCAUUCUCAGAUGCAUUAAAGCUCAUGGCUUACUUGAAGGAGUGGUCUCUGAUUCCUUUGAAGGUGGAGCUCACCUGUAGGGUUUGCCUAGUUCUGCUUCAAACACAUCAUAACCAGUUAACUAGUACACCAGCGGCAAGAUCCAUAUUGACAGAACUGAAGGGCAUCCUUUACGGCAGAGUAAAGGGCUGCAAGGAUACUAUAGGUUUCAAUCUGGCCGCCAUGGAUCACAUAAAAGAACUGUUGGCCAUGAGAUCGGAUGCGCCGUUCCGAGACGCCAAGGCGAAGCUCAUGGAGAUCAGGCAGGAGCAAUCGAAGCGGUCAGAUAGGUCGGACGGGACCGAGAGGAGGAAAAAGAAGAAACCGAAAGCGUCCACGCAGAGCUGAGCGCUUGGGCUAGUGCCAGAGCAAAAUUUUGUACGUUUUGGCUCAAUUGUUGUAGCAUACAUACACUCUGUUAACGUGCUCAUUUCGUGCUGUCAUGAGCACAGCAGAAUUUUGACAGCUGAGUGUUAAAAUAGGAAUGCGCCUUCGCUCCAGAGCCGCGUGUGCUCUCCGAUUGCACGUGAAAUGACGUGAUUUUAGCACACAUUCUUGUCACUACUCGGCCUAACUCGUUAGACGGCUCGGGGACAUGAGAACAAGGAAUUUACAGAUGUGCGAAGGUGAGAAUUAUAUUAAAUGCAA